AUGUCUCACACCCAACCAUCACCCACCGCGGGCGUUGCUCCCCAUCACGCCGCUGCUGCGCACAUGGCCGCCCAUGCGCAGGUGAACGGCCACAUGCCCCCCAUGCCGGUGCAAGCUCAGAAGAACGCGCCCAUGAACACGGCACAGAAGAUAGCCCAGCUCAACGAGACUGUCUGGCACUCAAUUGGUAACUUGACGGAACUAAUGGGAGACCUCGACGGCGCUAUGACGGCGUACGAGCAGGCUUUGCGCCAUAACCAAUGGUCGAUUCUCGCCAUGAACUCCAUCUCGUGUAUUCUUCGCACCAAGGAGCAGUUUCCCAAGGCCAUUGAGUAUCUUCAGAACAUUCUGAAGCUGGAUCCGACUAGUGGCGAAACCUGGGGUAGUCUCGGACACUGCCACUUGAUGAUGGAUAACCUGCAAGAGGCGUAUACCUCCUACCAGCAGGCUCUUUACCACUUGCGAGACCCGAAGGAGCCUAAACUCUGGUACGGAAUUGGUAUCCUCUACGAUCGAUAUGGAUCUCUCGACCAUGCCGAAGAGGCCUUUUCGCAAGUCAUGCGCAUGGCUCCCGAAUUCGAGAAAGCAAACGAGAUUUACUUCCGUCUGGGAAUCAUAUACAAGCAGCAGCAAAAGUUCAACCAGAGUCUAGAGUGCUUCAAAUACAUUGUCAACGACCCGCCUAGACCUCUCACCGAGGAAGAUAUCUGGUUCCAGAUCGGCCACGUCCACGAGCAGCAGAAGGAUUUCGACGCUGCUCAGAACGCUUACCGCCGGGUCCUGGAGCGUGACCCGAACCACGCCAAGGUUCUCCAACAACUGGGAUGGCUCUACCACCAGCAGAGCGGUAGCUUCUCAAGCCAGGAGAAGGCAAUUGAGUUCCUCGAGAAGUCGGUCAGCGCCGAUAACAACGACGCCCAGAGUUGGUACCUUCUCGGUCGAUGCUACAUGUCGCAGGCCAAGUACCCCAAGGCCUAUGAAGCAUACCAGCAAGCCGUCUACCGUGACGGACGUAACCCUACUUUCUGGUGCUCGAUCGGUGUCCUCUACUACCAGAUCAACCAGUACCGUGAUGCGUUGGAUGCUUACUCUCGUGCCAUCCGCUUGAACCCUUACAUCUCGGAGGUCUGGUACGACCUGGGUACUCUCUACGAAUCUUGCAAUAACCAGAUCGCCGACGCUCUCGAUGCCUACGGACGUGCUGCCGACCUGGACCCGACCAAUGUCCACAUCAAGGCUCGCCUGCAAUUGCUCCAGAGCCAGCUGCAGACUGGCAAUGCUCAGCCAGCCAACGCUCCCGCGCCUCAGCCGCAGGAUGUUCACCCCCAGGCCUACCAGGCUCCCGGUGUCGGUGCGCCUCCCGCUCCCCAGUGGGGUGCUCCGGCUCCCGUUGGACCUCCCGCCCAAGCGCCUGCGCCUCCCCGACAGAUCGCCGACUGGAACCGUGGCAUCAACGAGCUGCAGACGCAAGCCCCGGCUCCCCCCCCGGCUAAUGGCGUUGACCAGCGUGAUGUCGUUCGGGCUCCCGGCGCUCCUCCUCAGGCCAGUCCCCGACAAGAGCCCGGCCGAGGCUUCCCUGAUCCUGCUCGCGGUCCGCCGCGCUCACCCAAGAUGGGCGCUCCCGCUACCUACCCUCCGACGCACACCCUUCCCCAGCUGGCCACUGCUCCGCCGCCGCCCCCUAGCCAUGAGCGGGCGCCUAGCGGUGGAUUUGGUUCUGCUGCACGUGCUCCCUUGCCCCCUGCGCCUGCUGGGGCUCCCGCUCCCCCUCCUGGUCCUAACGGUGGCCCUCCUCCCGUGGCUGCUGCUGGACCUCCUCCCUACCACCGACCAUUCACUCCCCCAACCGAGAUCCGCCCCAUUCGGGAUGAACGACCCUCUUCUCCCGGUUCGACCUACCCUCACCAGCAGUAUCACCAUGGCCCGACUGCUCCACCUCCUCCAGGCCCUAACUCAACUGGCAUUGCUUCGGGCGCUCCUGCACCCGCCUCCGCUGCGGCCGCUGCCGAGGCAGCAGCCCUUAACCGCGGUGAAGAUCGCCCGGCUUCUGCUAUGAAGCGUGGCCGUGAGUGGGAGGGCGACGCUGGUCCUGUCAAGAAGCUUGCUAGCGACGAAAAUCGGGCCCGCCUGGAUGAUCAGAACAGCCGCCGCCCCAGUCCGCCUGCGCAUCUUCCUUCCCCCAGCGAAAUGCAGCGGCGUAACUCUUCCGAGGCUCGCCGGGAGGAUGCUCGUCGCGCCAACGAAAAUUACCAUCCCUCGGAGGCUGCUCACCACCCUCCUACCUUGCCGUCUAUCCAGAACAUGCCGCCUCACGCUGCUGGUGGACCUAGUUUGCCUCCUAUGGCUGAAGCCUCAGCUCCGGCAUCUAACGGACCUCCUUCGGGCCCUCCUUCGGCCAACACUCCCGUCAAGGAAGAGCCUCCUCGCCCUGAGGCUCCCGUAUCGCACGAACCCCCUGCUCGGAAGAUGGACGUCGAUGAGGACUACGAUGAUGAUGGUGACGAGGACAAGAAGGCUGUCGCAGCUGCUAAGGGUAGCCCCAGCGGCGAGAAUGGUGCGAAUGGCGCCAGCAACGGCCGCCCGGGAACUCCCUCGAAGGCUGAUCCGUCGGCAUAA